GGGAUGGGGGGCUCCUGCCCCGCUGCCUGGCCAUGAUCUUCAACAGCAUCGGCCCCUUCCAGGCCAAGAGAUUCGUUUUCAAGCUGGAUGACAAGAACGGGGUGGAUGUGCAGAGCGAGGUGGAGGCUCUGCUGGAACGCCAGAGGAGAGAGGCCCUGCCCACCCCAAAAACUCCAGCUGGGAAGAGACAGCUGGAUCCCGAGUUUGCCGACAUGAUCGAUGUGCAGGAUCACUGCCGGGCGGAGGAGGUGGACGAGGACAACGUCUACGGCGUCUUCGUCUCCUACAUCGAGAUCUACAACAACUACAUCUACGACCUGCUGGAGGAGGCUCCCUGCGACUCCAUCAAACCCAAACCUCCCCAGUCCAAAAUCCUUCGGGAAGACCAGAACCACAACAUGUACGUGACGGGCUGCACCGAAGUGGAGGUCAAAUCCACCGAGGAAGCUUUUGAAGUCUUUUGGAGAGGGCAGAAGAAGCGACGCAUCGCCAACACGCAGCUGAACCGGGAAUCCAGCCGCUCCCACUCUGUGUUCAUCAUCAAACUGGCACAGGCUCCUCUGGAUGCUGAUGGGGACAACGUCCUCCAGGAAAAGGAGCAGAUCACCCUGAGCCAGCUGUCCCUGGUGGAUCUGGCGGGAAGUGAGAGAACCAACAGGACCAAAGCCGAGGGGAACAGACUGCGGGAAGCAGGGAAUAUCAACCAGUCUUUGAUGACAUUGAGGACGUGCAUCGAGGUUCUGCGGGAAAACCAAUUGUACGGAACAAACAAGAUGGUUCCAUACAGAGAUUCCAAGCUGACUCAUCUCUUCAAAAACUAUUUCGAUGGAGAAGGGAAAGUUCGGAUGAUCGUGUGUGUGAAUCCCAAGGCAGAGGACUAUGAGGAAAGCCUGCAAGUGAUGCGUUUUGCAGAGAUGACCCAGGAGGUGGAGGUGGCCAGGCCCCUGGACCGGCCGCUGUGCGGGCUGACGCCGGGGCGGCGCCUCCGCAACCAGGCGGGCGGCCCCGUGGGAGCAGAGGAGCCAUCUGCUGCUGAGCUCUUCUUCCAGAGCUUCCCUCCCCUGCCUUCCUGCGAGCUCUUGGACAUCAACGACGACCAAACGCUCCCAAAACUGAUCGAGGCCCUGGAGCAGCGCCACAAAAUGAGGCAGAUGCUGACAGAGGAAUUUGCCAAAAGUGUUCUUGCCUUUAAAACAAUGCUGCAAGAAUUUGACUCCAGUGUUGCAUCCAAGGAAAAUUAUAUCCAAGGAAAACUGGCUGAGAAGGAGAAAACCAUAACAGGGCAGAAGACAGAGCUGGAACGGCUGGAGAAGAAGAUUAAAACCUUGGAGUACAAGAUUGAGAUUUUGGAGAAGACGGCCACAAUUUACGAGGAGGACAAGAGGAACCUGCAGCAGGAGCUGGAGAGCAAGAGCCAGAAGCUGCAGCGGCAGGCGUCGGACAAGAGGAGGCUGGAGGCCAGGCUGCAGGGAAUGGUGGCUGAGACCUCCCUCAAGUGGGAGAAGGAAUGUGAGCGGCGCGUGGCAGCCAAGCAGCUGGAGAUGCAGAACAAGCUGUGGGUGAAGGACGAGAAGCUGAAGCAGCUCAAGGCCAUCGUCACCGAGCCCAGAGCCGAGAGGCCGGAGAGGCCAUCCCGGGAAAGGGAGCGGGAAAAGCCUCUCCCCAGAUCCGUGUCUCCCUCCCCUGCUCCCGUGAGUCACUCCCAAACCUGCUGCAUUUAGGAAACAGCGUUUUUGGGCUUAAGUGCAGGGAUUUUAGUCAUUAGUAGCCCCCAAGGACACAGGCGCUCCAACUCUUGCAGCAGCAUCUCUGUGGCCUCCUGUGUGCUGGAGUGGGAGCAGAGGGGCCCUUCCUGCGAGCCAGCCAGCAUUCCCAAGCCCAGGAAUAAAGCUGGAGCAGAGCCAGGCUCGGCCUGGCCCAGCCCUGCCAGGAGGAGAGGGAUGUGCUGGAGCCGAGCGCUGGAGGUGCCCAGGGAUAGAGAGGAGCUAGAGCAGGAAGAGGAUCCGUGCUGCAGGGGGGACGUGUUCAAGACCAGGGGUGGUGGCCAGGCCGUGCAGUUCACGGACAUCGAGACCCUCAAGCAGGAAUCUCCCACUGGGCGGAAGCGCCGCUCGUCUCCUCCCGAUCCCGACCCUGCUGGGGACGCCGCAGACUCGGAAUGGACGGAUGUGGAAACCAGGUGUUCCGUGGCCGUGGAGAUGAGGGCGGGAUCGGCGCUGGGACCGGGAUUCCAGCACCACGCCCAGCCCAAGCGCAAGAAGCCCUGAACUUUUCCUGCUGGAAUCCCGGAUUUUCCCAGCCUGAGGAAUGCUCUGCUGCCACUGCUCCUCAGGAACUGCUUUGUGCUCAUUCCCAGAGGUUUUUAGGGAAGCUGGGAAAUGGCUCCAUUGGUGAUCCCAAAGAACUUCUGGAUGGAUCUGUCCUUUUCCAUAGAUUUAGGGAAAUCCUCAAGGUCCCUCUGGAAUUUCGAAUGGAGCUGGAUCGUUACAGACAGUGCCAGCAGGCUUUUCCCUGGGAGAUUUUUCCAGUGUUGUCCCAGUUUUUUAAUCCCAAAUCCAUCUUUUCUGGUCAUUCCCUCUCUUUUGGGAGACCCAACCGCUGCUAUUCCGAGCUGCAGUCCAGCACUUUAAGGGUGUUUUUGGCCAUUCCCGAUUUUACUGGAAGCAGGAAAACCUUGGGAAUUCAGAUUUCUUCUGGCAAGAAUUAAUUUGGAGUAUUUAAGUGUGUCACUGAGCUGUCAGAACAUUCCAGAGUCACCCAAAAUCCUGGGAGCAGUGGGAAUUCACAUCCCAGCUGCUUUGGGGUGUGAGGGAAUUCUGGAAUGUUUUCCAUAUGGGAAUGGGGGGAAGAGGGGAUUUUUUCACAGAUAGGGUGAGAAUUAGCUCUCUUUAUGUUCCCUGCAAAAUGUUUAAUAAAUCCUUUUA